AUGGCUGCUGCUUCUCUACCAAUCGAUUAUUUUCAUACAAAUGCUGACGAUGAACAUCAUGAAAUUUUCGGUGUUAUUUGGCUCGAUGAUAGUACGAACGCUAAAGAGAUAAAAGCUGUUGUUGUUGAACUCGAUGAACUCAUCUCUCGAAUUAAAGCUGAUCAUAAAAUCCAGAAAAUGGUCGAAGAACCGUUGUCAAUUAAUAUUUUUACUACAAAUACGGGUGCAGGUAAAUCACUGACAGGUUUAAAUGGUCAGUUUGUUUUUUCUCAAGUUCUGAUUGAUUGUCUUCUCCGACUGAAAUACAGUGAAGUAGAUAAAAAAGAACUUAUUCACCUCUGCAGACAGCAAUAUCAAGGCAAUAGUGUCGAGUUAAGCAAUAUUCGCGAAUUUGAAAAGGAUUAUUCAGCUAACAAAGUUUUAUGGUGGUAUACACGAGAAUCAUUCUUUUACAAGUCUCUUAAUGCAGCUCUACGUACACAAAAUAUUCAUAUAAUAUUUUUGUUUCGUGCAUAUAUAUCCGAUAUUCAUCGUCAAUUGAAAAAUCUUCAAGCUCAAAAUCGUCUAAGAGUUUAUCGAAGCCAAAUGAUAUCAAGUGACGAACUGAAAACAUUAAAAGAAUGCUGUGGUCAGUUUAUUUCCGUCAAUUCAUUUUUCUCCACCAGUGUUGAUUAUCGACAGGCUAUUUCAUUCAUCAAUAUUUUUGAUGAUACAGACAAUUUAGAACCAAUAUUGUUUGAAAUCGAAGCUGAUCCUCUAAUGGUGGCUACAAAACCAUUUGCUAAUAUCAGUAUAUGUAGCGACUUGAAUGAAGAAUCCGAGGUACUGUUUAUGCUCGGUUCUAUUUUCCGUUUGAACACUAUCCAACGUAGCAGCGAUAGUAAAGUAUGGAUCAUCCGAAUGACUUUGUGCAGUGAGAAUGAACAUGAUUUAAAACAAGUUCUCAUGAAUAUGAAAGAGCAACUUGGUAGUGGAGAAACAGAUCUUCAAACAUUAGGAAAGGUAUUAUGGGAAAUGGGAAAAUUUGAUCUAGCUGAAAAAUACUUUAUUCGCUUGUUAGAACAACUCCCAUCAAAUGAUCCUUCACGUGGUAGUAUAUAUGAAGAUCUUGGCAAACUCUCAUCACAGACCGGUGACUAUGACAAGAGCGUUCAGUGGCAUCAAAAAUCACUCGCACUGAAAAACCAAAAUAAAUUAACUAUCAUUUCUAGUAUUGAUGAAGCAAGCAACUCUAUUGGUAAGUUCAUAGAAACAAAACGUAUUCAUACUGAAAUAAGAAUCCUACAUUAACAUUAAUAGUUUAUAAAAGCAAAAAUUGUAAAAAUGUCACAGGACUAGCUUGUCAAAAACAUAAUCAAUCGCGACAAGAAAUCCCAGUUUUUGCUUAUCAAGCAGCCAUUUUAGAAAGCCAAAGUAGUUUACGGCUAGAAUCGAACUGAUGGAACAAAUACCAACCACUAUCGACUCUAUCUAUAAGGGUGGGUGUGGGUGCGGGUAUUCAUCUCUCUCACACCCACACCCACACUCAUCUAGUAACACAGUCAGCAUACUAUCGACUGGAUGAUUGUACACAAAAUGUCAUAGACGAUUUACUCAAGUUCAUCGUAUGUUUUCAGUCAUUGAGACUCAAGCAUACUAUUCACGAAGUGUGCGCCGAGCAAUCUAACUAUUCUGCUAUAGCAGUUGCAAUUCAGCAAGCUUCUGUUUAAUUUUAUAAAAACAGUUUCCGUAUUUUUAGCUGUGCAAAUCGAAUAUGCAAUCAGAUCAAGUUGAAAAUCACAAGAGAACAACAUUCAUUGUAUGUUCUGCUUUACCGGAGAAAGAAACUUCUAUAAAAAAAAUUCUUCUUUUGUUCUGUCUCCACCGCUCUCAGGGGUGAACUGUUAACAAAUAGCGAAAAGUUCUUACGUAUCUUUUGUAUUGGUAUCUUCAAAAACAUACACAUUAAUCGAUCAUAACCACAUUAAGGGUAACCUUUCAUACUGCAGAAUUUUCGGCGGAAAACAUUCUGAGCGCUUCUGAAAAAUCAAUAGAUUGUGAAAACUUGCAUGUUAUUUUUCAAGGAAAAAAAACUACGAGCUACAUUUGUUGUCCAAAGCAAAAACAAUUUCUAUUUUCAUGAAACAAAGACUUCUCUAAAGUAUAGCAGUGCUUUAUCCUUGGUGAAAGAUGCUAAUGUAUCGUUAGUGAAAAUGAGCGCUUUUGAGACGAUUUAUCAUGUUUGAUAGUUUCUUUUGUAGUUCUCAGAACAAUUCGUGUGUAGAAACUUAAUGUCUUUAUCAUCAGAGCACUUCAAUGUAUUCUCUUUUUGAACUGUAUUUUAGGCAGAAAACGACGCGAACGGCGUUUCGAAGGUGUCUCACCUGGUAUUGAAUGGGUAAUAGCCGGGAAUAAUGCAGACUAUUUGGCAAAGCAUGUGCGAGAAUUCUUCGAGCUAUACGGUAAACCAGAUGACUUUGAAAAGUUGGUAUCUGACGCUCGACGCAAUUACAUUGAAAAGGAAUUAAGUACGAAAUCGGAUAUAGACACCAUUACCUAUUUGUUUCUAAAAGCUAUAAAGAAAAAAAGUCCGAAAUAUCUUCUUCAAGCAUACACUGCAGAGACCGAAUUCUAUCGACUAUUAAAUGUAAAUCUGGCAGAAGCACAGCUGAUCGAGACUGAGCCAGUCAAACUCGAAAUCAAUCAAUACUGUGCUUGCAUUGUUGGCAUCAUUGCUCAUCAUUCUCACUUGGAUCGAUUCAAUUUUUAUGGCAAAUGUUAUCGUGGCAUGAGUAUAAACAAGAGUGAACUUGACAAAUAUAAAAAAGGAACACGUAUUCUAACGAAAUCGUUUCUUUCCUAUCUCAAGACCGCGACGUAGCCACCAGGUUUGCUGAUAGCUCAGCUUCCAAUAACACCAUUAGUAUCUUAUGUAUAUACAAUGUUCGAAAUCGUAGAAGUGCACUUAAUCUAGAAGAAAUAUCCGAGUUUCCCGACGAAAAAGAAAUUCUUAUCAUGCCAUAUACGGCCUUUAAAAUUAUGGAUGUUAUCUACUCGGAUCGAGACGAUGACGGUAUCAAAGCUAAGAUAAAGUUAAAAGAAAGUGAACCCUGGUAAUAUCAACAGACUACACUAAAAACUUUGCUUCUCAUAUUGUGAUGAGUGUAUUUUCAUAUUUUGCUUAGUUAGAUAUAAAAGAGAACUUAUGUUUGAUGAUUUCUCUUCAAUUAUCUUGAGGACCAGACAUCAGAUGGUAAGUUCUUGUUAUCAGAAAAUUCAUCUAAAAUUGCUAUGAAAAAACUUCAUGGAAAUUCAAUUCAGUACUUUGAGAAGUAAGCGCUAAAACUUGAUUUUAAUAUAAAAAGACCAUAGAAAUCAAAUGUAAUUUUUUGUAUUCGGUUACGUUGGAUCAGGAAAAAUCAUCGUAUUGCUGCUAACAAUUCGCAAACGCUGCGUUGCAUCAAUUGAAUAUCAUCAUUGAUGACUAGCGCUAUAUGACCGUUGUUUUAAUCCCCACUUUGACUUCUUACAUAUGUUUAAAAUACAACGCUAGCUAGUUCAAAAUUAUGUAAGCAAGAGUAUGGGUGUGGAUAUUAGUUAGUCAUUUUCAUUUACAUCCACACCCACACCCGCGAAAUUAGUCGAAGAAAGUUUUUUCAUACUUUAUGAAGUUUGUUUAACUGUCUGUUUUUCUUCAUUGUUAUUCAUAUCUUUCAUCUCAUUGGCUGGCAAGUACCUUCACUCUUGCAAUGAAAAUUUCUUGUUUAUAUGAAGCUGAAGAAUUAAUUUGGUUGAAUUUUAGGAAGUAGUUACAAGUGAUUAAAGAAUAUUUCAAUAUGUAAAUGAAUUGACAAUGUCACUUUCUAUUUUACUCAAGAUCUUAGAAAGAGAUAAUCAAAAUUGAUACUUUUUUUUCUAUGAUCUUGACAUAUGAGAAUCUGUGAAUACAAAGAUUUUAGAUACAGAUGUAUUUGAUACAAUUCAGAAAUGUAAAAACAAAUUAUCUUUUAAACAUCUUGAUAAGAUCUACCUUACUGAUUCCAAAAUUUCGAGAUUUUGCUUACAAGAUGUUUCACUAGGAUGAGAAAAAGGAAAAUUUUUGUUGACUUUCGAUUUUUUUCCUCGUUUCGAUAUAAUUGAAUUAAAAACAGCAAGAAAAGUGACCUGCAACUCUCUUUUAAAAAUUGAUUUUCUACAAUAUGCCUGCGAGAAUAGCUGACAAUAAAUAAUGCAUCGAUCAAAUAGUAUCCUUCUCCAGAAACAUGUUGGUAAACAUUACUAGAGAUCUCGAGCUAGUGAACUUCGGCAUGCCUAUUCGUCAUUCAAAUUCGAAUUCGAUCAGUUGAAAGGAAAAAACUUUUCAACGAACGAUUUAUUCAGCAAUUCAAGAUAAACACAUUUUACCAAUUAGUUUGAGUUCUCUUUUGAGAACAACUGGAAUUUAGUCGAUACACUGUGGGUGUGGGUGGGUGUGGGUGUGUGGGUGUGGGUGUGGCUGUGCGGGUGUGGGUGUGGGUGUGGGU